AGACGCAGGAAGACGUCGCCGGGAGCUCACUUUCGAUGUUCACUCUUCGACGGCAAAACGUCAAAUGACUGACGUGCGUGCGCAUCUUUUGACGUAUCACGUGAUACCCUUCCACCCACCACAGUGUACCGUACGUGGGGAUGAUCGAGAGGCAUUCACAAAAACUGUGUAAACUUAGAUAUCACUUGUGAGUUAUUGAAAGGCCACUUUACUGAAGAAGAUUGUAUUAUUUCUGGCAAAAAUGUCAGAUCAUCUUCUAGACAGAUACAAGGCAUCAAUGGUAUUGAGUGGUGUCGGAGAUGCCAUGGGAUAUAAAAACGGAAAAUUUGAAUUCAACUUUGUAGGUGAAGAUAUCCACAAGGAAGUGAAGAAGCUAGGAGGGAUCAGUAAACUUAAAAUAAAAUUGCCUGACUGGAGAGUUAGUGAUGACACAGUUUUACACCUUGCCACCGCUGAAUCUCUUGCCAGAAAGAGUAAAAGUGGCGACAAAGAGGCUUUGUACCUGGAUAUUGCUAAGAGUUACAAGGAAGGAAUGCAUGAUAUGAGUGGCAGAGCAGCAGGUCCCACAACAAUGCAGGCGUGUUCACAACUACGCCCAGAGAGACCUAAGGGAUAUCAAGUGCCUUUCAACACAAAGGGAGGAGGCUGUGGAGCUGCCAUGAGGUCAAUGUGCAUUGGACUUAGAUACCCAAGACCUGAGGAUCUGGAUGACCUGAUAGCAGUGAGUGUAGAAAGUGGCCGAAUGACACACAACCAUCCUACAGGAUACCUGGGCUCUCUGGCAUCUGCUCUCUUCACAGCUUAUAGCAUUCAAGGUAAACCAGUGAAUUCUUGGGGCGCUGGAUUGAUGUCAGUACUUCCAAAGGCCUUGAAGUAUGUGGAAUCACAAGAAAUAGAUGUGGCAGAAAACCAAGAACAUUGGGGUUAUUUUACAAGAAAGUGGGAAGACUACCUUAGAGUGAGAGGAGUUACAGAUGGCACAGCAGAUCCCACUUUUCCUGAAGUAUAUGGGGUUAAGGAGAGGGAUGAAUUCUAUAAAUCUUGGAGUUUUGCUGGCUGGGGAGGAGCUAGUGGACAUGAUGCACCACUGAUUUCGUAUGAUGCUCUACUUGGUUCAGGCAAUUCCUGGGAGAAAUUGUGUGAGAGGUUAGUUACAUCACAUCACUGGCAGAAAACAGAUAGUGUGGCAAAAUACAUCUUAUAA